GUUACAAUCAUUUGUCACACAUGGCACUCGUUUCACAGACCGGUUCAUCAUCCUGCAUUCACUUCUCUUUCGUACCACCCUAUACUGCUAGGAAGACGAAGAUUUCAUAUGCAUACAAUGCAAGAGUGGGGAAGAUGAAACCGCGACCCAGUGUGAUAGUUGCUGCAAGUCCUCCCACAGAAGCUGCUGUAAUAGCUACCGAGCCACUGACAAAAGAGGAUCUUAUAGGGCAUCUUGCCUCUGGAUGUAAGCCUAAGGAAAAAUGGAGAAUUGGCACUGAACAGGAGAGGUUUGGCUUUGAUCUGAAAACUUUACGUCCUAUGACAUACGAACACAUUGCUAAGUUGCUUAAUGGGAUUGCUGAGAGGUUUGAUUGGGAAAAAAUUAUGGAAGGGGACAACAUUAUUGCACUUAAACAGGGUAAGCAAAGCAUAACGCUGGAGCCGGGAGGUCAAUUCGAGCAUAGUGGUGCACCUCUUGAAACUCUGCAUCAAAUUUGUGCUGAAGUCAAUUCACAUCUUUAUCAGGUUAAAGAAGUUCUAAACGAAAUGGGAAUCGGAUUGAUGGAUAUUGGUUGUCAGCCAAAGUGGGAAGUUAAAGACAUACCUAUGAUGCCUAAGGAAAGAUACGAGAUCAUUAGGAAUUACAUGCCCAAAGUUGGCUCUCUUGGACUUGAUUUGAUGUUCAGGACUUGCACUGCACAGGUUAAUCUGGACUUUAGUUCUGAAGAGGACAUGACAAAGAAACUUCGCGCUAGUCUUGCUUUGCAGCCUAUUGCAACAGCUCUAUUUGCAAAUUCACCUUUCACUGAAGGAAAGCCAAAUGGUUUUCUUAGCAUGAGAAGCCAAAUGUGGACCGAUACUGACAACGAUCGCACUGGCAUGAUUCCUUUUGUUUUUGAGGAAUCCUUUGGGUUCGAACAGUAUGUUGAAUAUGCUCUCGAUAUCCCCAUGUACUUCGUUUAUCAGAACAAGAGGCAUUUUGACUGUACUGGGAUGACCUUCCGGGACUUCAUGGCAGGAAAGCUUAGUUGCAUUCCCGGUGCAUUGCCAACCCUCAAUGAUUGGGAGAUGCAUUUGGGAACUAUAUAUCCCGAGGUUAGGCUGAAGAGAUACUUGGAGAUGAGGGGUGCUGAUGGAGGACCGUGGAGUAGAUUACAAGCUUUGCCUGCCUUUUGGGUUGGUUUGUUGUAUGAUGAGGUUUCCUUACAAAAUGUACUAGACCUGAUAGCCGACUGGACAGCUGAAGAAAGACAGAUGCUGAGAAAUCAGGUCCCUAAAACUGGUCUAAUGACACCAUUUCGUGGCCGAUUGCUAAAGCAUGUUGCUGAAGAUGUGGUACAAUUCGCAAAGGCUGGCCUGGAAAGAAGAGGCUUUAAUGAAUCACGGUUUUUGAAUGACUUGGUGGAGGUGGCUAGAACUGGUGUAACACCAGCAGAGAAGCUGUUGGAUUUGUAUUACAAGCAAUGGGGACAAAAUAUAGAGCCUAUCUUUGAGGAGCUACUAAGCUGAUCAGGUGGAAGGCACUGCAGCAGUGGAGCCGUUGCAAAUUUCCUGGUGUGUAAUUUAGUUUAGGCAUGAGGCUUUUCAUCUAAUUUCAAUGAAUGUAAUCAGAUCAUGGCGUCAGGUUAUGUAAAAUGGAAGAUUAAAAAUAAAUAAUACGAACACUUCUUGGGUUGAAUUCAUCUGGA